GCAGCUCACUAAUAAUAGCACACGGAGAGAGCACACACACUCCUGAGUUAGGAGAAGAGCGCUGAAUGAAUGGGCAGAGAGAGAGAGAGAGAGAGAGAGAGAGAGAGAGAGAGAGAGAGAGAGAGAUUGUGCUGUGUAUAGGUGCAGCGAGAGUGAGAAGUUGAAAGCAGGUCAUCUGUGCCUCGGGAAUUUAACGAUGCACUUUCUCGGGGAAUAUCGGAGAGAAUGAAGAUCACGCAGGACGCGCUGCACGGAGUGGCGGAUGUGGAUGAGUUUCUGAGUGUGCGUUUGUGGUUUUAAAGGGUGUAUGAGCGUGUGAGCCAUGUCCCCCGGUAGCUCCGUCGCUGAUGAUGGAGCAGUGUGAGGUCAGUGCGUCCGGGGCUGUUCAGCGGAGCCCCUCUCUGGACAGUGCUGAGCUGGAGUUCUCCCGGGCCGCUCAACGGGGUCAGCGUCUGGCUGUGGGUGCCUUCUACGGCUCGCGGGGCUCGGGGGGCCACAGUCAGCCGGUCAGUCCGCCAGCCCCUGAGGACGCGGUGCAGGUGGACGGAAAGGCGGGGGCGCAGAGCAGAUCGCGCAGGGGAAAGUUUCUGGUGUUUUACCUGGAUCUGUCCUUUGUUUUCCUGCUAGAGCUGGAGAAGCUGAGGAUGGCGCGCGGGUGCCUGUGCUGCGUCAAAUACAUGAUGUUCCUCUUCAACCUGCUCUUCUGGUUGUCAGGAUGUGGACUGCUGGGUGUGGGGAUCUGGCUGUCCGUGUCUCAGGGCAGUUUUGCCACGUUCUCGCCCUCUUUCCCCUCUCUCUCUGCUGCCAAUCUGGUCAUCACCCUGGGCUCCAUCGUCAUGGUGACGGGCUUCCUGGGCUGCAUGGGCGCCAUCAAGGAGAACAAGUGCCUGUUGCUCAGCUUCUUCAUCGUCCUGCUGAUCAUUCUGCUGGCAGAGUUGAUUCUCCUCAUCUUGUUCUUUCUGUAUACAGACAAGGUGAGUGACAAUGCAAAGCGGGACCUGAAGGAGGGUCUGCAACUGUACAACACUGACAAUAACAUCGGCCUCCGUAAUGCGUGGAACAUAAUUCAGGCAGAAUGGCAGUGCUGCGGCGUGACUGGGCACACAGACUGGCACGAUGCCCUGCCAGAUAAGACGGUGCCAGACCGAUGCUGUCAGGAGCAUUAUAAGGAGUGUGGGCGCAACGCCAGUAAUGUUUUUUGGUCCCGGGGGUGCUACGAGAAGGUCGUGGACUGGCUGGAUGAUAACAAGCACCUGCUGGGCACAAUUGCGAUGUGUGUGCUGGUCAUACAGCUUCUUGGCAUGGCAUUCUCCAUGACCCUGUACCAGCAGAUCCACAGAGCGGGGAAGAAGUAUGAUGCCUAGAAGAGCGACCAAGGUCUUAAAAAAAACUACAACACUCAGAGCACCAUUCUACUUCCUGCUUCUUUUCAUUCCUGAAGAAUUCUGAUGAACUUACUUUCUGAAAUCCUCUAACCGUUUUUUUUUAUACUGUAUAUUAAAAACAUGCUAAAGAGCCGUUCAGGGCUGAAGCGGCGUUUGAGGACUGUUUGCAGGAGGAAAAACCCAAAUGAAAGGAACUUUAGAGAAGCGAAGAUGGCCUUUGAUGCAGAGGAUUCCAUCAGCCGUCGUGGUUUUUCUGCUUGUAUUAAAAUAUUCUCUUGAACUUUAAAAUGACGUACUAAGAUAGAAGAGUUUCUGGCUGACGCAGACGUCUGUCUGUCUGUACAAGACAGACAUGUACCAAACACACACGUCCUGACUUUUUCUUUCUCUCUCGGCUCAAAACUUUGCAAAAACUUUGCUCAUAUAUUUGCCCAUAAAGCAUGUUUUACACAAGCUAACUGUACAGUUGCGCGUUUGUUCACUUGACCUAUGUAUCCUAUAAAUAUUGCUGUUUAUCAUAA